UCGGUAUGUUUCCCUUUAGAUCCAUACUAUCGACUAGCUCUUAGUUUUUUGGUUAGCUCUUUUUACAGAAAACAGAGAAGAAAUAUAUUGCAGGCACCCAGAUGAUGAUGGAACCAUGAAUGUGCCCUCGCAUUGACUUCGUACGUCAGUACAUUUCGAAAAGAACGGUCUGGAUACAAAUUCCGGCAAUGUGCUUAUUGCCCCAAUGGAACUUACACUCACAGAAAGAUGCAAAAUUAAGGCGGGCUAUUUUCGUUUCGGCUGUGUUGUUGUACUGCGGUAACCACAUUGCCGGGAAAAAUGCCACAUCACUGAACAUCGUCUUAUUAACGGUUAUCAAUAAUGGAUCUACAACGGAAUUCGGGUUCAGGUCUUCCGCGGCGGUUAUGGAUUAUGGAGUGGAUGCUCUCCAAACCACAUACGGCGAAUUCGGGAACUUUUCACACGCUAUUUCCAUACCCGGUGGCGAGACACCUGGAACAUCAUGUUCCAAUUUGGAGGCGCGAGGUCCCUUUUUUGCAUCGAAAUUCUUUUACGAGCAAGGAGGAAAAGGCUCCACGUUGGUGUUUCUUGGACCAGGUUGUGGAGGAGCCGUUGCCAGUUUGGGUCAUUUAGCAAGAGCCUGGAACGUGCCUUUUUUUACAAAUUUGGGAAUAGACACCGCUCUUGGACUUCAAGACAAAAAACGAUUCCCGACACUGAUCCGACUUUCGCCAUACCAGAACCACCAAGCUGUUGAUUUGAUGUUGGUUAUCCUGAAAUAUUUUCACUGGACAAAUGUCAGUUGUCUAUGUGAUGAUUCUCUGGAAAGUGGCGUCUUCCCAUCUUACUACAUUAGUUGCCGGUAUAUGUUUGAUACAUUGCGCCUAAAAAACGUGAAUGCCUGGCGGACGGCAUUCAACCCACAGGCUAACUUCAGCGCGGCCGAUCUGGAUGAUAAACUCAAGGAAAUCCAACGCAACAGUCGAGAUGAUGGACCAAAAGCCACAUUUUGGGCUACUCGGUAUUUCUACAGGCAAGCUGUGGGCAAUCCAGUAAUGGGUUUAUUUGGACCAGGAUGUCCGACCGCUGCCGCAUCUGUGGGUCAUUUGGCUCGAGCAUGGAAUAAGCAGAUGCUUAUAGCAGUAGCUGGUGACGCUGCAGUUUCUGCCAAAACACGUUACCCAACAUUAACGAGAUUAUCGCCGUAUAUACAAGAGGAUCUGACAAAAUUUGUUGUGGAAAUCUUAAAGGCUUUCAAAUUUACGACUGUCGGAGUGCUGUGUGAUGACGCAAAUGACGCACAGCUGUAUAUUUACGUACCGAUGUGUACGGGAAUUUUCGAUGAUCUGCGGCUGAGACACAACAUCAGCGCUAACCGAUACUACGUUAACGGCAGCGAUCUCGCUAGUACCAACCGCUACUUAGAGGAAGUUCGCUCACAAGCCCGAG